AGGGGGCCAGCAAUGAACAAGCUGCGCCAGAGCCUGAGACGCAAGAAGCCAGCCUACGUCCCGGAGGCGAGCCGACCUCACCAGUGGCAGGCGGAUGAAGAGGCCGUGCGCAAGGGGCGCUGCAGCUUCCCAGUCAGGUAUCUGGGGCACGCUGAGGUCGAAGAGUCCCGGGGCAUGCACGUGUGUGAAGAAGCUGUGAAGAAGCUGAAAGCGAGUGGCCGCAAGUCGGUGAAGUCCGUGCUGUGGGUCUCGGCAGACGGGCUGCGUGUUGUGGAUGACAAGACCAAGGAUCUCAUUGUGGACCAGACGAUUGAGAAGGUCUCCUUCUGUGCUCCGGACCGGAAUUUUGACAAGGCCUUUUCCUACAUCUGCCGGGAUGGCACCACCCGCCGCUGGAUCUGCCACUGCUUCCUGGCGCUGAAAGAUUCGGGUGAGCGCUUGAGCCACGCCGUGGGCUGCGCCUUCGCAGCUUGCCUGGAGCGCAAGCAGAAACGGGAGAAGGAGUGUGGUGUGACGGCCUCUUUCGACGCCACCCGCACCAGCUUUGCCCGGGAGGGCUCCUUCCGCUUGCCGGGCCCUCCGGCCUCUGCUACCCGCUCCUCGGGAGCAAGGCCCCCACAGGAUAGGAAGAAAGCUGAAGCCGCCGUGGUGCCCGUAGCCGCUGCCCCAGCUCCGGCCCAGCCUGGCAGUGCCUCUCCUCCUCAAGGGGCCACCUCGCCAGAGGAGAAGGCUGAGGCGGGGGGCCCGCACGCCAUCCCGCGCCGCCAUGCCCCCCUGGAGCAGCUGGUGCGGCAGGGCUCCUUCCGGGGCUUCCCCACCCUGAGCCAGAAGAACUCGCCCUUCAAGCGGCAGCUCUCCUUGCGGCUGAGCGAGCUUCCCUCCACGCUGCAGCGCAAGGCCCUUGCGGGGGACACGGUAUUGGAGCUGAUCUCUGCUGCCAACGGGGACUCGGACAGCAUCAGUGCCCAGGGCGACACAUGCUUCUCCCAGCCAACAGGGGAGCCCCCCGGCGCUGCCCCCGCCAAUGGGGCCAUGGGCAGUGCCCCUGCUGCGGUGCCCACGGAAGGAGGAAGCACAGGUCCCGCCGCAUGGUCAGACUCCUCCGUGGGAGCCCCGCCCAGCCCCCCGUUCCAGCCCGGGCACAAGCGGACACCGUCGGAGGCUGAGCGCUGGCUAGAGGAAGUUGCCAAGGCGGCCAAAGCCCAGCAGCAGGCGGCGGUUGCCGUAGCGGCGAUGCCCGCUCCUCUGCCCGCCUUUCCUCUGGGCUAUGACGCACCCGCCCCGCCCAUGGGCGUGUUCGUGACGCCGGCUUUCAUGCCCAUGGGCCCCGCCUACCCAUCAGGAGUGCCAUACGCCGCUGUCCCCAGUGUGCCGGUGGUGGGCAUCACCCCCUCGCAGAUGGUGGCCAAUGCCUUCUGCUCUGCCACGCAGACCCCUGCCGCCACCAUGGGGGCCAAGGCCAGCCCGUUCCCACAGAGUCUCCUGGGGCCGGCGCGGCCCAAGCCCAACGGGAUGGCAUGGCCCCCCGAGCAGGGGCAGCUGGUGGCGCCCGCCCCACGCCAGGAGCCCCCAGACCCUUUUGAAGCACAGUGGGCAGCCCUGGAGGGCAAGGCCCCUCCCUCCGCCCCCAAGCCCUUCUCUGGCGACCAGCAGAAGACCUUCGAGAUUGAACUGUGA